UUUGAUAUGAACCAACCUCGCUAAACAGAAGCUUCAGUAAAGCAUAGGGUAAUACGCCCUUGUCAAUUAAGAAUGAAAUUCAUCUUAUUUAUAGUUAUUUUCUCUAUUACUUUCACCUCAGGAUUUACUAUACGUUGCUAUCAAUGUAUACAGGGUAUUCCAGUAGGUUUAGGUGAUCAAGAAUAUGAGGUGAUAGAGCGACCAUUGCCCCAAAAUUUGUCAUUACCUGGAGUUGACAAAUUACCCACUGAAUACUGCAGGACUCCAUUUGAACUCAAAGGAAAUAUUUUGUGCAAUGCUGCUCGCCGAUGUAUGAAAAGUGUUACUUAUGAAAAAGAUGUCAAAUUUACUAUACGCUACUGCGCACCAACUAGAAACGACGGUUAUGAUAUGAAUCCCUCGCCAAAAAAGCCAGUAGAUAUAACAAACGGUUGUCAUAAAUUUAGAGCAUACGUCUGUGAAACAGAAUUAUGUAAUGGGGCCUCUACAAUUUUUAAUACUACAUUAUUUAUAUUAUUGUUACUAUUUAUUUUUAUUUAAAUUUUCUAUAAUUUUUACUUUUUAUGUACAGUAAAUGUAUUAAUUAGCAGAAGGAACUCAAUUUAUACUAGAAUAGCAGGGAAAAAAGUGCCAAUCUUUUUCAAGGCUGCCAAUCAGUACAAAAUAUGAAUUUUACUGUGACAUUUUCUAUUUCCAUUCUCAAGGAUUUUUACAAUAUUAUACCAUAAAAUAGCUAUUAUAUUAUAUUAAAUUAUAUUGCUGUUAUAUCGAUUGUUACUGUAUCC